GGUGAAGUAACGAUUGGAUACGAGAGUGGACAGAUCUGUUCUGAAGUUACAGAAAUAUUAAUUACUAUUUUCAAAUCCCAGGAGAAUGAGUUAAAAGGUUGGAUGUUAGUAAACCAGGGAAGAUGUAUUCAAGUUCUAGUAGAGAACAUUAUUUUUUCAGCAAUUUCCAGGGAACUUAAGCAGAAGGCCGAUCCUCUAGCAGGAUUCCGGCGUGAGCAUGUAAACCCUAUCGGACCCGUGACAAGAACUAUUCAACAUCUGAACCAUCUUGCACAACUUUCAUUAGAGACAGACGAUUCAGAACUAUCAGAGCUUGUACUCAGCACAUACUCGACACUGCUCUCCAGGGUAGAUAAUUUGGAUCUCUUAAAACCUCUCUUGCAGCUUAUUCUUCCUAAGAUCACGAAUCUUCUAGGAGAAAACAGUCUGAAAAGGUUGGAUUCACUGGGUCUUCAUGAUGAGUAUACUAAGAUGUUAGAUCUUCUUGGUGCGCUGCUUGAAAACAAGUUCAGCCAUACUAAAGAUACUGAUCUAUUAGGAGAUAUGGAGGAACUAUUGAUUCAAUCUUUUCAGUCUUCAAGAUCAAAAAUAAAAAAUAAAAUUAGUGAGGUUUGGACGAUAACGUUCUCAAGUUUGUCCUCGGAGGAUCUACCAAAGAGUAUCAAGGCUGCUCUCAAGAAGUUUUCUUCUCCAGGCGUCAAAUCCCAGGUUUCCAGCGGUUCCAGCGAAAUAAAUACCUUCCCUAGCUCAUCAGAGUUUGUGGAUACAACUGAACCAGGGAUAGAGGCAAAUAUACAGGUUACUGGAAAGCCUGGAACCCCCUUGAAGAAUUCCCUCCUGGUGUCCCGGAAUUCCCCCUACAAGGGAACAGAUCUCACAACUAAAUCCCCAGUCAAACCUUCGAUAUUCUCCGCUAGGGAAUCUGCAAGAAAUUCUCCAGGCAUGAAAGCCCCUUGGAGUACGGGGAAGGGUGUGUCUCGAAGUAUUGAAGAUGAUGAUUCCUGCAAUUUUGUUCCUAUAAAACCCAAAGCUAAGGCGGGAAGACGUAAGUUAACCGAGCACCAGAAGGAAGUUUUAACAGCUCGACAUGAUGAUAUUCCAGCUCUAUACAGUGAACUAUCCAGGGAUGAUUCUUUUAUCCAGCUACCAAGUCAGUUCCUCUCACAACCUUCUUUUGAUGAUAGUGUAAGCUGUACUAGUGACGGAGUCACAAGAUUUCUUGCUAAAAAAUCGGCAGAGAUGGAAAAAAGUGAAAAUAUUGUCGCUGACAACGCAUAUACUAAUAAUGAUGCAAAAAUUGUUGAAAAUGAUGCCUUACUUAACGAUGAUGUAAAAUCCACAACCGAUAUUGAUGCAAAUACCGAAAAAGCUGAAACCGACGAAUAUGCAAAAUCCGCAAAAGCAGACAAAGAUACAAAAUACGCAAUAUCAGAAGUAAGCCCAGUGGAAGAAAAAACGGAGAUGAGUCCCAGUCAGUCUCUUCUGUCCGACGCUAAAGCUAGUCUGAAGUCUAGAAAGAAUAAAAGAUUUGAACCCGAAGUAGGAAAAGGAAAACGGAAGCGAACAAGUCUUCCGGAAACAUCCCCCAUUAACCCCGCUAGGAAGAAAACAAGAAGAGAACUGCAACGAGAAAUAUUUGGUGACUCGCAAAGCAGCCAAAGUGAAACCGAUGAGAAAGAGGAAAAGAUCAAGGAGACAGAGGAAGCUAAAUCUGAAUCUAGUUCCGUAGAAGUUAUUACUCCCGUGCAUAAGGAUAUUCCCUCGACUAUCGACAUCUCCUCUGCUGAAAGCUGUGCUGAAGCAACCGCUGGUAAGUCUUCUACCGAUUCUGCUUCAGUGAUUGAGAUAUCAUCAUCAACUGCUUCCAGUUCAACUUCAGUAACCGAAGUUCAGACUAUAGAUAAGGAUAAAACCAUCGAAAAGCUAACUCCUGAGGAAAAGAAUGCAGAUGAGAUUCUGGAGAAAGUAGAAGAUAAUGUGAAGAAACCUGAUAAUCCUGAGGACAGUCAAGAGGAAGAUGAACUGAUUGGAAGUUCACAAGAAAGCUUUAUUGAAGAUAAUCGGACACCUAGCCGAAGAUCUCGACGCAGUGGUAUCAAGAAAACAACUAUUUCCGUAGUUCCUGCAGAACCUGCUGAUACUGAAGAGAAGAUUUCUGAGGUGGAUAAUAAGAGGAACAAGUUUGGUGAGACCCAGCUACAUCAAGCUUCUAAACGUGGAGAUGUUCCCAGGGUUAAGGUUCUUCUCAGUCAAGGAGCUAAUCCUGAUGUCAAGGAUAAUGCAGGUUGGUAUCCGCUUCAUGAGCUAUCAAUCUCUAAGAAGAAAGAUGCUGUGAAGAUUAUGAAACUUCUGAUAGAUGCUGGGUGUAGAGUAGACUGCACCAAAGAUGGAUUAACUCCCCUCCACGAAGCAAUAUCUAUUGGAAACACCAAGCAGGCUUUAGCUCUUCUGCAGGCUGGUGCUAAAACAGAUAUGAAAACUCUGCAUGGGUUGAGUUGUAUUCAGCUUGCAGCUGGAAAUAAGGAGAUACUGGAUAUACUUGAAGAUUACAUUACACCAGAGCAGAAGUUAAAAGCAGCUCAAGAUAUACAAACUACUUCACCCGAGGCUGCUACGGAUAACGCUGAAGAGCAGCUUGAUAUAGCUGAGGAGAUAUCUUUCAAGACAGAGGAAAAGAACGUCGAGGAGGAGCCUACUAGUAUUCCUGAUAGUCAGGAAGUAAAUGAUCCAGCAGCUGGUAGUCUAAUUGCAGAUAUGGAUGUUGACCUACAAUCACAAUCUGAACACUCGGAGUACCGUUGUACAGAGGAGGGCUGUACAGUAGUGUACAUGGAUAGAUACCAACUCUCAUAUCAUCUUAAAAACAAACAUUCUCAUCUCAUAAAACCAGAUUGGAUGGACACCUCGCAGGACACUGAGGACAGCACAGAAUAUAUCAAGGACAAGGGGAUUGAACACCAUCCCACAGGGCCUGAGAGUAUCAAAGAGAAAAUUGAAAGCCGGAAAGAUCUUGAAAACGUUGCUCCUGGAUUGAAAGAUAGUGCUGAGGCAGCAGAGCGUGCUGAGACGGAUUUCGGGGCUGAUGAAGAUACUCUGUUAGACAAAAUCAAGGAUCUCAACAGUUCUACAGAUAGUGAUAUGUCAGGAAUAACUCCUCAUGAAACCAUAACUAAAAAUGUGUCUGGAGAAGUAGCAAAUGGAUCUAAAGAUGUGCCUGGAGAAAUAGCAGCUGGAUCUAAAGAUGUGUCCGGAGCAUCAGUGUCUGUUUCCAAGGUUCCACCUGGAGAAACUGGUGCUGGAACCUCUCCUGAAAGUAACAAGGAGAACCAGAACCUGAACCCGAAUCCUGUGAGUGAACCUGAACCUGAAGUAGAGAUUAAGAAGCGAUCUAUAAAUACUCUCCAGGAGAAAAAUGAGAAGAAAAAUCUUGGCGCAGGAAAAUCAAGGGGGGCAAUGCUUCUCAAUCUAUCCAGGCGGAAGGCAAUGGAAAACAGACCUGCUACUAUGGCAGUUUCUCCAUCUAUGGCCUCCCCAAAAUUUUCCGCCACUCCUUGGGCUAAAUAUUCUCCCUCGCCCAGUCACGCCUCUCCCUCAGCUGGUAUCCUUAAGAGGAAAUGUGACACACCCUCUUCAACUGAGGUAGGAAGAAUAAUUUUUUUUAAUCUUUUUUUGUUUUGUGUGUGAUGGUCCGGCAUGGUC